CUCAUCAUUGCCGUCAUGCCAGACGUCCACGAACAAUCUCAGCCAUCGGCUGCUCUUCAACCUGACCCUGAGAAGGAUACUGUGUUGAUUGAAGGUGGGCAGACGGGCCCGGUCUCGGGAGACAACACAGAAGGAACGUUUCAUCAGGCUCAGCUGAGCUUCAAACCGACUCGGAAGCAUUUCUUCUCGCCUUUGGACCCUUCGUAUGCAAAUGCUGUUCAUCGUGAUGCGGCAACGGUACAAUUCACGCUCGAGGAGGAGAGAAAGGUUCGUCGCAAGAUCGACAACCGGGUCUUGACGCUCGUGAUACUCAGUUACAUAUUUAAUCAAUUCGACAGAACGAAUAUAGGAAACGCGCAUGUUAUCACAGCAUUCAACGAAAAUUAUGGCAUCACAACGAACAGCAAGUGGACUUUAGCUCUCAGCGUUUUUUACGUCGGAUAUUGUCUGUUAGAGAUGCCUGCCAACGUCCUGCAGCGUUAUAUUGGAGCAAAUCGCUUCUUCUUUCUAUCUCUUACCUUCUGGGGGAUUUCCUCUCUGUCUUUUGUCUAUGCGAAGGGCUACGCUGGGUUGUUGGUACUUCGAGUAUUACUCGGGAUUGGAGAGGCAGGUUAUUAUGCUGGGAUGAUAUAUUACUUGUCGUUCUGGUACAAACGGCGAGAACUGGCAUUACGCGUUAGUCUGUGCAUGACAGGUACUUUACCUGGUGCUAUUGGGGGACUUUUGGCUUUUGGCCUGGUCAGGGCACAUACUUCUGUACUCACGGGAUGGCAGUUCUUAUUCCUAAUCGAAGCGAUACCAGACCUCGUCAUGGCUUUCGCGAUCCUUCUGUGGCUGCCAUCCUUCCCGUUCUCAGCAACAUUUUUGACCCCUAGAGAAAGGGCUAUCGCCCAGGCACGCUUGAACUCCGACCACAAACCACGAUCUCAUGGUGGGAUGAACGGCUGGCAAGGGCUUAAGGCCAUUUCGGUUGACCCCAAUGCGUGGUUGUUGAUGACCGUCUACGCUUCCUUCAAUGUUGGAGUCGCCACCAUUUCGUACUUUUUACCAACACUCAUCAAACAGCUCGGUUUUACUGCGAUCAAUGCACAAGGCUUGACUGUGGCACCGUAUCUCGUCGGGUGGUUCAUGGUUGUAUUUCAGGCGUGGCACAGCGAUCGUACACAUGACAGAGGCUGGCAUGUCGCUGCUUCGACUGCGACAGCGUUCGUGGGUUAUCUCAUCCUCGCCACAUCCGUCCAGAAGAGCGUAGGCGCUGCCUACUUCGCGUUGUUCCUCGUCAUAGGCGGGCUGUAUAGUCUCUUUCCCUUGGUAAUGAGCUGGGCUGCCAAUGUAUUCUCUCCCACUUCCAAACGUGGUGUUGGAACGGCCUUCAUCGUGUCGAUCUCCAACUGUGUUUCUAUCGCCUCCCCACAGAUAUACUUCGACGCAGAAGACGAUUAUCGUAAAGGCCAUGCCAUUGCGGCUGGAUGCCUGUUCCUUUCGAUGCUUGCAGCAAUCACCUUGCGGUACCGUCUCAAAUGGAAAAAUAAGAAAAAUCAAAAGGAGCUUGCAGCUUUGGAGGAGGGCAAGGUAGAACCUGUCGGUUCCUCUGAGGAAGUGGCAGAUACAGAUCCCCGUUAUGUCUUCAUGACCUGAGACUAGUAAGCUGCGAACUAUGCUCGUUUUUCGAGUCCAAGUUUGUUGCCAGUGUAUGAAUUUUAUGAGCCUCUUGACGA